UUUGACUUUUGGUACCUCGAAAAUGACCCCUAUUGACUUUUGGUACCUCAAAUUUUAUUUUACAAAAUAUAGGUUUUGAUACCAAUUAACAGAAUCCGUUAGAGAUCCGUUAAGUGGGGCCCGUUAUCUAAUUAUUUAAUGAUUUAAUUUAUUUAAAAAAAAUAAAUUUUUUUAAAAAAAAAACUUAAAAAAAAAAAAAAACAACUAGCCAUUGCCACCCCUCCCCCCACCCCGUCAGCCACCCUUCCCCCUCCCCGCGCCGGCUGCCGGUGCCUAAACAUUCCCCUGGCGCCGGCGAGCCCACCUCUUCCCUUUCCCGCCUUUGAUCUCAGCCGCAAAACCGCCGCACAACAGCAGUUGCCCUUCCAAAACAACCACCGUCCGCCGAAACAACCCCCCUCCCCUGUUCGCCGACCCCCUCCUUCCCUGAAACAACCACCCUCCCCUUUUUGUCGGCCCUCGAAACCCUAAAACCCACCUGAAACAACCUGAAAAACCAAACCCGUUUAAUUGUGUGUGACCGCUCAAAUUGGUGGUUGUUGUGGUGCGAAUUGGAGGUGGUGGUGGUUAAUUCGGCGGCUAACGGUGGUUGCAGUCAUGGUGGUGAGGUGAGGUGGCUGCGUGCCUGGUUGCUACCGGCUUGAAGGUGGCUAAGGGGUGGCUGGAAGGUGGCAGGGCCUCACUAACGGAAAGUUUAACGGAAGUUGGACGGAGGACAGAGAAAAUGGAGAAUGAGGUCCACAUGAAGGUCGUUAAUGGCGAAGAUGGAUACGUCCUUGAAGAUGUUCCUCAUUUAUCAGAUUACAUUCCGAAUCUUCCAACCUACCCCAAUCCUUUACAAGAUAAUCCUGCCUAUUCAGUUGUUAGGCAAUAUUUUGUUCAUGAGGAUGCUACGGUGAUACAGAAGAUAGUAGUUCACAAGGAUUCGCAAAGGGGUAUACAUUUCAGGCGUGCAGGUCCAAGGCAGAAGGUGUACUUUAAUUCUGGUGAAGUGCAUGCGUGCAUUGUGACAUGCGGAGGUCUUUGCCCUGGACUUAACACUGUCAUCAGAGAAAUUGUCUGCGGCCUCUACCACAUGUAUGGUGUCAGCAAAGUUAUUGGAAUUAACGGAGGAUAUAAGGGUUUUUAUGCUAAAAAUACUAUUCCUUUCAACCCUAAGUUUGUCAAUGACAUCCAUAAGCGCGGUGGUACAGUAAUUGGAACUUCUCGAGGUGGUCAUGAUACCAAAAAAAUAGUUGAUAGCAUUCAAGACCGUGGAAUAAACCAGGUUUACAUAAUUGGAGGUGAUGGCACACAGAAAGGAGCAGCUGUGAUCUAUGAGGAAAUUAGACGACGAGGCCUUAAAGUUGCAGUAGCUGGAAUCCCUAAAACGAUUGAUAAUGACAUUCCGGUUAUUGAUAGGUCUUUUGGCUUUGAUACUGCUGUAGAGGAAGCUCAACGUGCAAUAGAUGCUGCCCAUGUAGAAGCUGAAAGCAUGGAGAAUGGUAUUGGUCUGGUGAAAUUGAUGGGCCGCUACAGUGGUUUUAUUGCAAUGUUUGCAACUCUUGCUAGCCGAGAUGUUGAUUGUUGCUUGAUUCCAGAGUCACCUUUUUAUCUUGAAGGCAAGGGUGGGCUUUUUGAAUACAUUGAGAAAAGACUCAAAGAAAAUGGGCAUAUAGUCAUCGUAAUUGCUGAAGGAACUGGGCAGGAGCUCUUAUCACAAAAUUGGAAUGAGAAAGAUGCUUCAGGCAACAAGUUGCUGAAAGAUGUUGGCCUGUGGAUGUCACAUAAAAUUAAGGAACAUUUUACUCGAAAUAAAAUGGUCCUAAAUCUAAAAUACAUAGAUCCUACCUACAUGAUCCGUGCUGUUCCCAGUAAUGCAUCUGAUAAUGUAUAUUGCACACAUCUUGCUCAAAGUGCUGUACAUGGAGCUAUGGCAGGAUUUACAGGAUUCACAGUUGGGCUUGUUAAUGGAAGGCAAACAUAUAUUCCUUUCAAUCGCAUCACUGAGCAGCAGAAUCAGGUUGUUAUAACCGAUAGGAUGUGGGCUAGGCUUCUUUCAUCGACCAAUCAACCAAGCUUCUUGGGGGCCAUAGAAGUUGCAAACGCCAAGGAAAAUGAGAAUGCUGCUCAGUCAUUGGAGGGAGAGAACUGUAAAAACAAUUCUGCAGAAGAGGACAGUGUUGCUAAGUUACCGAAGGGAGAGAACUGUAAGAACGAUUCUGCAAAAGAGAGUGCUGCUCAGUCAUCUACGGUAGAGAACUGUAGAAACAAUUCUGCGGAAGAGAAAAGUGUUGCUCAGCCAUCAAAGGGAGAGAUAUGUAAAGGCAAUGCUGCGGAAGAGGAGAGUGUUGCGCAGCCAUCGAAGGGAGAGAACUGUAAAAACAAUUCUGCUGCUUACAUUCUUAAUGCAUGACACACUAACAAAAUCCUGUACUUCAGCUUGUGUCAAAUCCUAAUUCUUUGAGUCACUUAGAUUGAAUAAGUCUUUUUUUUCUUCUUUUCCCAUUUGGUAGGUAAGAAAUCUAAGAAGAGGCUAGGAAUGAAAACCAAGACAAUGUGCUUUUGUCUUCCUGCUCGGUGAUUUUACUGUUUCAAUGGGAUUUUUGCUAAAGGUUGAGCCCUGCUUCUCUUACCAGUGCCAUUUUCUUUGAAACCAGUUAACUUGUAUACAUCUUUUGGUUUCGGUACAACUAUUGUUCCAAACAAAACUUAGUGUCUUGAAUAGGGUGUGGGAGUUUGAAAGGCUGUAUGAUCGGAGUAUUGAUGAAUGAUGAUUUACUGUACGAAGUAUAUGUUAAUGUCGAUUUUUGUCUUGUGAAUGAGGAGAAUUUGUAUAAGUUUUCACAGUGAAAAUAAAACAGAUAGAACCCACAGUCUUUUCUCAAGUCAUAAUCUACAGUCUUUUCAGCAACA